GGCUCCUCGUUCCCUUCACCGUUGCUGCUUGUUUCGCUUUGUGGCCGCUGCAGAUCGUACGCUGCGGGGAGGAGCAGAGCAUUGACGCACCCCGGCAACUCACGUACCGUAAUCCGGUGCUGAACAGCGCGAUGCUGAAACGGCAAAGUCCUUCGUAAAGCGCCUGUGUGUGUGUGUGUGUGUGUUUUCCUCUUAUCUGCUCCUUUGGUCAAGAGAUUUUUUUUUUUCUGAGGGGAGAGAAGAAAAGGCGGUGCCUCGCAGAAGCAGAAGCUACCAGUCCAUCUCAUUAUAGUUAUUUUCGUUUACAUUUCUUCUCUAUUGAUCUUCCUGUUCUCUUCACCCAUCAGCGGUAGUUUCUCGUCCUCUUUCUCUCCCUCUCUCUCUCUUUACGUGAGAUACAUGGCUUCCCCGGAAAGACCGGCUGCUGACGCCGCUGCGGCGCAACCGUCAUCGUCGCCGGCGGCUCUUCCGCUGCCAACUCCCCCCUCCAUUGAUGAGGCGCUUUCCUACUGGAUUGGCCUGUCGCAGCUGAUCGGCAGCGUCGCCGUCCCCAGUCGGGCUAAUGGAUCGCUGGAAAGCUCCACUGCAGUCGUGUUCACCCGUUACACGCUGCAGGGUAUUCUUCUCUUCUGCGGCAUCAAACAACAUCGUCUUCAACAAAGGGUAGACCACAUGAUUGCCCAAAUGCUUGCUGCAACCUCUGCGUCGCCUCCGUCGAUGACGACGAGGACGACGACAGCACCCAGCUCAAGCCCCUUCCUUCUUCUUGUGGACAACGAUGCUGCGCAUGGUGGACCUGCUCAACCCGCCUCCCUGUCUCUGUUAAUACGAGACUGGCUGUUGAUGUCCCUCGACGAUGCAUCGCCUUGCACAACAGCUUCCCCCCAUCACCUUCACCCCUCCCGUCGCUAUCAACUUCACGUCCCCGCCGCGGCGUGGGAGCGCACCAUCAUCAAGGCCCUCGGAAACGAACUACGAGGGCAGAUGAUCUGCCUGCGACCCCUCCUGCGCUGGAACACGGCCUGUGCCCAACAAUGUGGACAGACGCCGGUGGUGGUUCUCAUCGGUGGCACCAGCGGCUCCGGCAAGAGCACGUUGGCCCGGCUGGUCGCGAGUCAGCUGCGGAUCGCUAACGUGCUGUCCACCGACAUCGUUCGCCAAGUCUUGCGGGCACGACUGGCGAGCCGUGCGCCCGACUACCCGACGCUCUUUGUUUCCACCUACGAGGCGUACAAGGCGGUGGCCGCCAACGCGUCUGACGCGUGUCCGCAGGAUGUCGUGGCGGCGUACGAGUCUCAGUGUGAGUUAGUUCUGCAAGUGCUGGACGGGAUGCUGAAGCGCCUGCUCGCCCGCCGCGAGUCGGUGGUGAUCGAAGGCGUGCACCUCCUGCCUAAGUACUUGACGUCCAAACGGGCGGAGCUGCUCGUGGACCGUGUUAUUUGCGUGCCCGUCCUCGUGCAAAUCCCGAAGGCGAGCGGCCACCUCGAACGCUUCUGCGUCCGCUCACGUGGCAUGUCGCUUCAGUCAGACAACAACAAGUACAUCGCUUCCUUUCAAGCCAUUCGCACCAUCCAAAGUCACCUCGUCUCCACCGUGGAGGAGGCGGCGAUGCCGGUGCUCGUCCUGACCAACACAAACGUGGAUAAGUCUUUUCUAGUGCUGCACCACGCGGUGUUGGAGACGAUGGAGCACACGGCGCUGAACGGGUGGCCGGCCGACCCGGCAGCUGCCGCGCAGGUGCCACUGACGCCCCUCGCCUUCACCGCUACAAAGCGUAGACUGGUCGCGGUAGUGCGACAGCGGCGAACGCAUCGUGGUACGGCAGGUGCUGUCGCCGAGAGCGGCGGGAAUGGUGGUGGUGGCGUUGAGAGGGGCGCCGCAGCAGUGCGUGAUGGACGCGGCGGCGCGCCCGUAGAAGACGUUGCAGGAUCCGGAGAGGACACGCCUCUUUCUGCAGACACGCGAGCUGCCCCACCGCGGCGCCUGCCACUCGAGGUUUUCGGUGCGGAGGGUGGCGCACCCAACGGCCUUGCGUUUCCUGCCGGUGUUGCCGGCGCUGUCGCGGCUUCGUCGCGCGCGCGCUCGGCCGAGCUGCUUAGCACCAUGCAACGUCGUUUGCUGGAUCGAGAUCUGCUCUACUCGUCUCGACACGCCGAUGCUGUCCACGCGCACGCCGACCCCGUACCUUCGCGUCCAACCGCGCAGGCGAAGGCGGCGAUCUCACCUGUUGGGGCUCUCCCCUCGUCCUCCUCACCCAUUCCAGUGAGCCGCCGCCCUGCCCCGCCGAGCUCCACCGUCACGCACGGCACCGAUUCAAAUCAGCUCUCCUGUGCCUCUGUCGUGGAUGGCGGCGGCAGCCCCUUCCGCGCCGCAGCGCCGCGUCGAUCCACCACCACGAGUCUUAUUCAGCCCAGCUCGUUCAGCGCCUUUCCCUCGUCGAAGGUCGGCGAGGAGGUCUUCGAUGAGUUGGAAAUGCCCUCGUUGAUGGGCUCGUAG